AUGGAUGAUAGCUCCGUGUCUCAUCAUAACGGAGGGCAAGUGGGAUCUCAAAUCGGAGUUAGUGUAAAUAACAAACAAAAUGAAGAAUCUAGCCAAAGUGUCCAGUAUUCAAUACCAGGCAUUUUGCAUUUUAUUCAACACGAAUGGGCGAGAUUCGAGCUCGAGAGAUCACAAUGGGAGGUGGACAGAGCCGAGUUUGAGGCGCGAAUCGCCUUCCUCCAAGGCGAGAGGAAGGGCCAGGAGAACCUCAAGAAUGACCUCGUGAGGCGGAUCAAAAUGCUGGAGUAUGCGUUGAAGCAGGAGCGAGCGAAGUUCCACAAGCUCAAGUACGGCGUGGAACUCCAGCAAGGCGACGUGCGCCCACCCCCCGAGGAGCCCCCCGCGGAGCCCGAGCCCGCGGAGAAGGCGCAAUGGAAACAGGGACGUCAACUCAUUAAGCAAUACUUGCAGGAAAUAGGCUACACAGACACGAUACUGGACGUUCGCUCCAAUCGCGUGAGGACUCUACUCGGCCUGAACAACGAGGAGCAGGCAGAAGACCCAAACUACAGAAACUACGAUAACAAAUUCCGCGAGCGAUGCGGCGACUCACCGAUAAACUCCCUCAUCCGCAAAUAUGACUAUGGUGGUAAGGAGCAGCGGAAGGGCGCUGUCUCAACUGGACCCGGGUACAAUGAGGAGGGACUCUCUGUGCAAGAGACUGCGGCGGUCUUCGCCAAUUUCGAGUUCUUGGCCAACCAAGAGAUGGAUAUGGAUGAAAUUGAUGACCUUGAUGCCAACAAACCACAUCACACUGCGGGUAAACAAGGCGAGGAGGUAGACCACGAAGCUGAAGAGGUUUUAAACGAGCUCCACUUGCUGACAGAGAGCGAGGCUGACGGCGGCGGGCAGGGGGAUGAAUAUCAAGUCGGCGGCGCGGCCGCGGUGGGCGUCGCGUCCGGCGGCGGCGAGGCGGAUGAGAAGCCGCUGGCGCUGGGCGAGCUUGCCCAGCUCACGGUCAGCAACGAGCCGGAGGCGUACGACGUGGCCGGCGCCAACAAGGAGUCCUUCCGCAAGACCUGGAACGCCAAGUACACGCUGCGCUCGCACUUCGACGGGGUGCGAGCGCUCGCCUUCCACCCGACGGAGGCCGCCCUGGUCACGGCCUCCGAGGACCACACCCUGAAGCUGUGGAACCUGCAGCGGACCGUGCAGGCGAAGAAGUCCGCCGGCCUGGACGUGGAGCCGCUGUACACGUUCCGCGCCCACACGGCGCCCGUGCUGUGCCUCGCCAUGGGCGCGCCCCGCUCCGAGGAGUGCUUCUCGGGCGGCCUCGACGGCACCAUCAGGGUGUGGAACCUGCCUCCGCCCACCGCCGACCCCUACGAUCCGUACGAUCCCGCCGUGCAGGGGCCGGUGCUGCGCGAGCACACGGACGCGGUGUGGUCGCUGGCGAGCGCGCACGGGCGGCUGCUCUCCGCGUCGGCGGACGGCACGGCGCGGCUGUGGGCGCCGCGGGCCGCGCGGCCGCUGCUCUGCACGCUGCGCGACGACGCGGCGCCCGCGCACCAGCACGCGCACGCGCACGCGCACGCGGCCGCCGCCGCCGACUUCGCGGACGGGGGCGCGCGCGCCGCCGUCGUCUACCGCGACGGCACGCUGCUGCUCUACGACCUCGAGACCAGCCAGGCGUUCCUGCGCAUCGGGUGCGACAGCCCCGCGAACCGCGUGCGCUCGCACCCGACGCUGCCGCUGCUGGUGAGCGCGCACGAGGACCGGCACAUCCGCUUCUGGGACGCGGUGUCGGGCCGCUGCGCGCACGCGAUGGUCGCGCACCUCGACGCGGUCACGGGGCUGGCGCUCGACCCCAACGGGCUGUUCCUGCUCUCCGGCUCGCACGACUGCUCGGUUCGCCUGUGGAACCUCGACACGAAGACGUGCGUGCAGGAGAUCACCGCGCACCGCAAGAAGUUCGACGAGAGCAUCCUCGACGUGGCCUUCCACCCGCUGCGGCCGUACAUCGCGAGCGCCGGCGCCGACGGCCUCGCCAAGGUGUUCGUG